GUGGAGGGAGGGGGUGAAAAUGGCGCCCAGCUCGAAAUCGGAGCGGAACAGCGGGGCCGGGAGCGGCGGCGGCGGCCCCGGAGGCGCCGGAGGGAAGCGGGCAGCGGGGCGGCGGCGGGAGCACGUCCUCAAGCAGCUGGAGCGGGUCAAGAUCAGUGGGCAGCUCUCUCCUCGCCUCUUCCGGAAGCUGCCACCCAGGGUCUGCGUCUCUCUCAAGAACAUUGUGGAUGAAGACUUCCUCUACGCAGGACACAUCUUCCUGGGCUUUUCCAAGUGCGGCCGUUACGUUCUCUCCUACACCAGCAGCAGCGGGGAUGACGAUUUCUCUUUCUACAUCUACCACCUGUACUGGUGGGAGUUCAACGUCCACAGCAAGCUCAAGCUGGUCCGGCAGGUGCGGCUCUUCCAGGAUGAGGAGAUCUACAGUGACCUGUACCUGACCGUGUGUGAGUGGCCCAGUGACGCCUCCAAGGUCAUCGUCUUCGGCUUCAACACCCGCUCGGCCAACGGCAUGCUCAUGAACAUGAUGAUGAUGAGUGACGAGAACCACCGGGACAUCUACAUCAGCACAGUGGCCGUGCCACCGCCAGGCCGCUGUGCCGCCUGCAGGGACGCCAGCCGCGCCCACCCAGGUGACCCGAGCGCGCAGUGCCUGCGGCAUGGCUUCAUGCUGCACACCAAGUACCAGGUGGUCUACCCCUUCCCCACUUUCCAGCCCGCCUUCCAGCUCAAGAAGGACCAGGUGGUGCUGCUCAACACCAGCUACUCCCUGGUGGCCUGCGCCGUCUCGGUCCACUCGGCAGGUGAUAGCAGCUUCUGCCAAAUCCUGUACGACCACACCACCUACCCCCCAGCCCCUCCCAGCCCCCCUGGGCCCCAGGGUCCAGAGAUGACCCCUGUCCUCCCCAAACUCUGCCCCGAAGUGGCCCCAGCCCGGCCCUCUGGGGCUCCUGAACCCUCGCCCGCCAUCGCCAAAGCCAAGGAGUUUGUGGCUGACAUCUUCCGCAGGGCCAAAGAGGCCAAGGGUGGGACCUCAGAGGAAGUCCGGCCACCCCCCUGUCCGGGGCCCUCAGGCAGCCGCUGCCGCCUGCCCUCUGAGCCCCUGGCCUCAGGUGGGGAGGCGGUGUCCCGGGACAGCCCCCCUGCAGCAGAGGCAGCCGCCCCUGAGCCGGGAUACGUCAACUAUACCAAGCUGUAUUACGUGCUGGGGUCCGGUGAAGGGACAGAGCCAGAGGAUGAGUACGAGGAUGACAAGAUCUCCCUGCCCUUCGUGGUGACUGAUCUCCGAGGCCGCAAUCUGCGGCCCAUGCGGGAGCGGGCCGCCGUCCAGGGUCAGUACCUGACAGUGGAGCAGCUCACACUGGACUUCGAAUAUGUCAUCAACGAGGUCAUCCGCCAUGAUGCCACUUGGGGUCACCAGUUCUGUUCCUUCAGCGACUAUGAUAUUGUCAUCCUGGAGGUCUGCCCAGAAACCAACCAGGUCCUCAUUAACAUUGGCCUGCUGCUCCUGGCAUUCCCGUCCCCCACUGAGGAGGGCCAGCUCCGACCAAAGACCUAUCACACCAGCCUCAAGGUGGCAUGGGACCUCAACACGGGCAUCUUUGUGACAGUCAGCGUGGGCGACCUCACUGAGGUCAAAGGGCAGACCAGCGGCAGCGUGUGGAGCUCAUACCGCAAGAGCUGUGUGGACAUGGUCAUGAAGUGGCUGGUGCCGGAGAGCAGUGGCCGUUACGUCAACAGGAUGACCAAUGAGGCAUUGCACAAAGGGUGCUCCCUGAAGGUUCUGGCGGACAGUGAGCGAUACACGUGGAUUGUGCUGUGAGGGCCCGGCCACCUUGGACACUGACUCCAACUACCUCCGCGGCCUGGGAGCUGGCCGCCUUCCUGGCAGCCUCUGCCCGGCUGGCCGACCGACCGACCGAUGACCGGCACUAGUGUUAGGCUGCGGGAAGGGGGCUGGCCAGGGCAGCCCCUGGUGGCCUGAGAGUCUGGACGCUUCUUAUUUAUGCCUAUUUAAGUUGGGAAGGGGCAGAGGGAGGGAGCCCCCUGCCCCACCAGCCUUGAGCGCCCACCUUCACCCUAAGCUGGGCAUGGGUCCUCGUUCCUGAGGAGUUUGCCCCUUUCCUCGGCUACAGGUGUGGACAUUGCCCCCCCCGCCCCGACUCCAGGGAGGCCAGAUGGAUCCCAUACCCCUGCCCUGCCCACCCCCCACCCGAAGUGGUGAACCUUGUGGCCAUCACACCGCCCCCUCCCCAAUCUGUUGUUCCUCUUCACAUAAUAAAUGUUUUAUUUCUGAA